AGGUGUUGUGCAAACCUCCAACAGGGCAAGCAUCUAUCCUUGCGCGGUGAAACCGGCGGCUUUCCGUGUCACCUCUGAGGAGCUCCCCAUUUCACCUGGAGGCAGCUGCGCGCUAGGCUUGUUCCACGUGUUGGAGCGCUCAGCUGCCAUUGAAUACACUGUGUUUCAUCCCGGCCUCUGAAAUUCGCAGAGGCCGAAUUAUUUAUGCCAAAUUUAGGUGAUACAGUCGGCACCCGUCAUGACGGCACCCGUCGUGAAAGCCAGCCUCCACGACUGUUGCAGCGAUGCCUUCACAUCCUCGUUUGGUACGCCUUGCCGCCUGGCCUGCUGUUUCAGCUCAGGCUUAAGUAGCAAAAGUAGCUCAGCACGAGCAUGUGUCGAGCCUGUGUCCAGGCAUGCAGUGCCAGGACCGGGUCGUGCAGUAGAGUGCAGUCAAGCGGGCUGCAAUCGAGGACCCUGAAGUGAGGCCCGCAGCUGAUGAGGCCUCCCUCGCGAGAAGAUGUGCAGACAGCGCAGUCGCAUCUGGUGCUUCUCAAGUCCAAGAUGCGGCAGCGCAGACAGGAGCCCAGGACAGAGGAAAGCAGAUUCAAGGCGUCUGAGCGGCCGCCGCGCGCAGCUUCCUCCCUCCGCGGUGUGACGUGGGAUCCUCCCUCCGCCGUGCAAGGCCAAGUGUCACCUCAAGUCUCUGCAGUCCAAGGCAAGCCGGAGCGCCUGGAAGAAGGCUAUCCCAGGAUAUCCCCACAAGGAGGCGCUAUCGAUGGCCUGCUGGACGACGGGUGGACUCGGAACCCGCGCAGUGCGGUGCGAAGUGCACGGUGCCGGCCCAGGCCUUUGGUGCCGUGCCCCGACUGUGGCCGCAGCUUCAAAGCAGAAAGCCUGGAGAAGCAUAAAAAGAUCUGCAAGAAGGUCUUCCAGCAAAAGCGCAAGCAGUUUAACAGUGGAGCCGACUUCAGCAGCCUUAGCCUGAGCAUUCGCAUGCGGCACGAAGCCAGGUGCGGCCAACCGCCUAGGGGAGUUCGACAAUGCAAACGAGCUCAUCGCAAACGCCACAAAGGUGGAGAAAAAGGAGCCAGAGAAAGCUGCGAAGCAGAAGGAGACAAAACCGUGCCAAAGUGGAAAGCACAGUCUUUGGCUUUCCGCCAGGCGAUCCUUGCUGCCAAGGGCACCUCUGACCCUGAAGCUGCCAAGAAGGCAGCUGAGCUGCAGAAGGAGCUGAACGCGGCCAACUUGGCCUCGGGAGGCAAUGCCUUGGAGGCUGACAUGGUGAAAUGUCCCCACUGUGGCCGGACCUUCAACCAGGAGGCCGGACAGCGGCACAUCGCCAUUUGCCUAAAGACCUUCGGUGGCAAGGGCCGCCAGGCCAAGGCACAAAGCUCGCGGGGCAAGCCUGGGACACCAUCAGACGCUCGAGGUGCCAGUGUGCGAGGGCCCAGCGCAUCCCGGAAGGGACAGACAAGCAGCCGGCGCACAUCCCUGUCGCAGGCUUCUGUGGGAUCCCGGAUGCGGUGAGCGAGCCCUGAAGCCCUGCACGGACUCGCCUCGAAGCUCGCGGGUCGUC